AUGAGAUCUAUGUUGCGUGCCCAGUAUUUGCACUUGUUGCAGCAGUUCACUGGUUUUAGGCCACAGGAUGAGGCUGCAGCUUCAGGGGCCAGUCGCAUGGCUUUGACAACUAUUAGACAACAUUUGGAGAUAUUGCACCCCGACAUCACCGGCGAGACAGAUGAUCUACAUAUUCACCGGUACACGAGGUUGGUGUUGCUCCUUCUUUUGGGAGGUGUCUUGUUCCCGAACACUUCGGGAAAUCUAGUGAGUUUGCGAUUCCUACAUCAUCUUCAGCAGCUAGAUGCUUUACCCCACUACAGUUGGGGUGCUGCUGUUCUCGCUUACCUGUACACGCAUAUGUGCCGGGUUUGUGCCUGGGAGCGGUUCCUGCAGCUGCAGCCACCUCUACCACCAUUACCUCCAGAUGUAGCACCUCCGUUUCUCCCUCUAGCUAGGAGGUGGGUUCUCCGUCGUGGAAAUUAUCGAGCCAUUGAUGCUCAUCAUAAUCUCCCCCUUGUCAAGGAUGUUUUGGAUAUGCUGGAGGGCGCACAGACGCCAUACAUCGACGACUUGGUAGGUGGCCUGCCCGAUUAUUGCUCAACCGGCCGACUGAUUUGGAGCACUUUCGUCCCGCUGAUGUGCCUCGAUAUUAUGGAGCAUCAUGCCAGAGAACGGGUACUUUGCCAGUUUGGCCGUCCGCAGACUAUACCGAGGGGGCCUACAUGGGAGGCUACACAUUAUCAGCGGGAUGAUCGUUCUAGGGCGGAGAACCCAUUUGUAGCAUGGCUAGAGGCGCAGGUCCAUACUUGGGACCGACGAGAGGACCUGAUUCCGCCCCCACCUUCACAGAUCCAGGCGGCGACCAUUCAGAUGUAUACGUCCUGGUACCGCCGCGUUACCCGACUAUUUAUCGGGAACCCCAUUCAUCAAGCUGGCGGUCGGUACAGACCAAACGCCGGGAGGCACAAGGCACUGAUACAACAGUAUGCCGGCGAUCCUGCGGUCGCUGAGUACGGCCGGCAGGUGACAGAGCUGGCUCUCCGGACACUGCAGCGAGCCAGACACGGCGAGCGCUUAGAUCACGACCCUGAUUAUGUGGCACCGGAGCACCACCAGCAGGGUAGGCCUAUCGCACGCCCGAGGGGACGGGGACGAGGCAGGGCAGUACCACGAGGCGAGGGUGCCCCACAGGGUCGUGGGGGCCGGCGAGGAGGUGGUCCCCAGCAAGGGGGCGUUGAGGCACCUGAUGAGAAGGUUGGAGCUGAUCUGCCGGGUGACAUUCCUUGGCCAGACGAGCAUCCCAGCAGCAUGCCGUCGUACAGCCUUCAGCUUGCGCUGCCAGCAUCGCAGGUAACCCCGUUGAGUUUUGGCUCAUCGUCGUCGGGUGCGGCGGAUCUAUCACAUGCGCAGGCUUCAUCCCAGCCCGUCAUGGAGGCCACUUUGUGCGAUGCUGAGGACACCACGGAUGCUUAUAUUCAGGAGCCCGACGAGACCAUAGUUGCUGAUGGACCGACGACCCCUUCUACCGACCUUGCCAGCCCAACUGACAAUCAUCCUGUAACGCAUCCUCAUAUAAAGAGGCGACGUGAUAAGGAUGAUCCUGAUAGUGUAUCCGGACGGGAGGGGAUACGCCUCAGGCCAGUGGCUGCAUUGAAGCACAAAGGCUGUGGGACUCAUUGA